GUCGCUCCGUCGGCGAGGGGGCACCCGCCGCAUUUCACCCCACGCGGGCUGCUCACGACGCCGUGUGUUUGCUACUUCAGCAAACCGGCAGUAGUGAAUCAGGAGCAGAUCAGUCCCCUCGGUACUGUCACGACCCGUGUGGUACUUGGCACCGGCGCCAGGAACCGCAGCAGGAAGGUAUCCACAGUUACUUGCUGAGGCAAAAUUGUUGUAGAAGUUCCAUCUCUGGAAGCUUCUGUUUCUAGAAAUGACAUUUCAGCACCAACUUAACAACAUUACCAUAGUGGCUGUGGCCAUGCAGUGGGAGAACAGGAAGAGCUUCUGGAACUGACCAAAGUCAUAAGAGGGUUGUGACACUCCAGGUUCAAUGUAGUCUUACUGGGCACCAACAGUGGAACUGUUCUGUUCAAAAUGGUUUAUGGUGAAUUUUUCCGCAGACCUGGCAAAGAUGCAGAACUUAUCAAUUUGAAUGUGGGUGGCUUUAAGCAAUCAGUGGAUCAAAGCACCUUGCUCCGAUUUCCUCAUACUAGACUUGGGAAACUUCUCAAAUGUCAUUCAGAAGAGGCUAUUCUAGAACUCUGUGAUGAUUAUAGCGUUGCAGACAAGGAAUAUUACUUUGACAGGAAUCCCUCCUUGUUCCGGUACGUUCUAAAUUUUUACUAUACAGGCAAACUUCAUGUCAUGGAGGAGCUUUGCGUCUUUUCAUUCUGCCAGGAAAUAGAGUACUGGGGGAUAAAUGAGCUAUUUAUUGAUUCCUGCUGCAGCAAUCGGUACCAAGAAAGGAAAGAGGAAGGUCCUGAGAAAGACUGGGAUCAGAAAAGCAAUGACAGAAGUAUAGAUUCUUCUAAUGAAGAAUCAUCUUUAUUUGAUAAAGAGCUGGAAAAGUUUGAUAAUCUGUGUUUUGGUGAAAUAAGAAGGAAGAUAUGGGUCAGAAUGGAAAACCCUGCAUACUGCUUGUCUGCCAAGUUAAUUGCCGUGUCCUCCUUAAGUGUUGUCCUGGCGUCGAUUGUUGCCAUGUGCAUCCACAGCAUGCCUGAGUUUCAGAGGCUGGAUGCCAAUGACAGGGAGAUUGAAGACCCUGUGCUGGAAGCCGUGGAGAUUGCCUGUAUUAUCUGGUUCACUGCUGAAUUAGUGAUCAGGCUCAUCACAGCACCAAGUCAAAAGAAGUUCUGGAAGAAACCACUGAACAUCAUUGAUUUUGUCUCUAUUAUCCCAUUUUAUGCCACAUUGGCAGUGGACACAAAGGAAGAAGAAAGUGAAGAUAUUGAAAACAUGGGGAAAGUGGUUCAGAUCCUCCGGUUAAUGAGGAUAUUUCGUAUCCUGAAACUGGCCAGGCACUCUGUAGGACUGCGGUCUUUAGGUGCCACUUUGAGACAUAGCUAUCAGGAAGUUGGACUUCUGCUUUUGUUUCUGUCUGUUGGGAUUUCUAUUUUCUCUGUUCUUGUCUACUCAGUGGAGAAAGAUGAUGACUCAUCAGAACUGCACAGCAUCCCAGUUUGCUGGUGGUGGGCAACCAUCAGCAUGACCACUGUUGGUUAUGGGGACACCUACCCUGUCACUCUUGCUGGAAAGCUGCUUGGCACCCUUUGUAUUAUAUGUGGGAUAUUAGUGGUGGCACUUCCAAUCACCAUUAUUUUCAAUAAGUUUUCUAAGUACUAUCAAAAACAAAAAGAUAUUGAUCCGGACCAGUGCAACAAUGAUCACAAAGAGAAAUGUAAUGACCUACCAUAUUUUAACAUUAGGGAUAUUUAUGCAAAAAAGAUGCACUCCUUCAUUUCUAGCCUUUCUUCUGUAGGAAUUGUAGUCAGCGACCAAGAUUCAACAGAUGCCUCCAGCAUCCAAGAAACGGAGGAAGUUUAUAACACAACAUCUGUAGAGAAUGAACGAGCAUCUUUAGUCUCUUUGAAGAUCCGUCUGUGAUUGGACCUGUGCUGGUUACUCAUGACCAUAAAUAGGGUAAAAUAGAGUCUUCCCUAGCACCCGAAGAGACACAGCAGCCCCUUCCCUUUCAGGCGGCUAACAGAACUGUCUAGCACAUCCUGAACGGACAAAAUCGCAAUCAGUAAGAGGUCUAAAUGGGGCUCUAGUGCCAAAUUUGAUCCUGUUGCACAGUCACCUAUAGAACCUAUUACGAACACCUAUUUCACCACCUAAUAAUCCACCUUUCACUACUGACAGACAUCAUUCUUUUUUGUCAGGAGGAGACUGACACUAAAUCACAUGCUCCCCCCCAAUCCGGCAUCACCUUUUCAUCAUGAUUUCUCUGAUCCCCUCAUGAUUCACACUAGAAGUGUGAUGGAGCUUUUGGGUUCUGUGCAACUCUGCAGACUGCUCUGUAUCGCAGUGGUUGACAUCUGGUGCUGCCUAUGUAUAAUACAAAUAUGUUGUGACGAAUAAAUGCUACUGCUUGCUGUUUCCUUGCUCCUACUGUGUAAAAUCUCAAUAAAAGUUAAAUUUAUCACUAGACAAACUGUGCAAAUAUCUCAGCUAACUUUCAUAAUAAGGCAAGCUACC